AUGGACGACAAGUCGGUCGAGGUCCAAAUCCUCAUUCGAACAAUCCAGAUUCCGUCCAUCUCAAAGACAAGCCUCCAGGCCAUCUGCUCCGUGAAUGGCAUCUCCAGAUCAGGGAACAAAAGCGAUUUGCAAAGGCGCAUCAUUCAACAAAUCAACAAUUGUGGCGUCACCCACGACUGGGAGCGGCUCCAUGAAAUCCGCGAGAGCAUUGUGAAGCAGGCGCCGGCCGUGUCAACGCUACUUUCCUCCUCCCUUCCCCAACCGCAGGCUCACGCGCAAUCCCAGCCGGGAUCGUCGUCUUCAUCGCACGCCGCCCAACCAAACACCGCCCAGUCCCAGCAAGCGCCACCAUCACAACCGCCGCACGCAUCUUAUUACGAGUCUGCGAAAUCGCGGGCGACUCCCAGCUAUGCCAUGAGCUCGUAUAGUCAAUCUAGCCAUGCGCCUGUUGGCGGGCAACGCGCUCACAACCCCCCCGCACCUACGUAUGCAUCAGUCACCGCGGCCGGGCAACCCAGUCGGCCACGGCCGAACCCAAACCUCCGCCCGCCGACCAUUUCUUACCGGCCCAGUCCAUUCUAUGAGUUGAAGUACCAAGUCGGCGAGGUCAAAACUCUCGAGGUAAUGGCUGCGCACCGUAACUCGGAGCGCAUCUCCCUCAAGGUCCAGGACCAUCCGGCGCUUCAGCUUUGCAUAGCGGAUAAGGCGAUGCGUAUUAUGAUUCUAUGUACCGCCGGCAAUGUCGGGGUCCAAGACAUCGCAUUUCCACACCAGUGCGAGCUCAAAGUGAACGGUGGGGAUGUAAAGGCGAACCUGCGGGGCCUGAAGAACAAACCCGGGUCUACUAGACCGGUUGACGUCACGGACUCGCUGCGCCUGCGGCCGCCCACCUACUCGAAUACCGUCGAGAUCACCUACGCCUUGACGCAGAAGAAAUUCUACUUUGCGCUCGUCGUCUGCAAGGCGGUGCCCAUCCCGACCUUGAUAUCGCGAAUCCAAAAAAAGAUUCGCAAGGAAUCGGUCGUGGCCGAAAUCACGAAGAAGGCGAACGACCCAGAUAUCGUCGCCACGUCGCAGGUUCUGAGCCUCAAGUGCCCACUUUCCUACAUGAGGCUCAAGCAACCAUGUCGAGGAGUCAGCUGCAACCACAUCCAAUGCUUUGACGCGACCUCUUACCUGCAGCUGCAAGAACAAGGGCCUCAAUGGCUGUGUCCCAUCUGCAACAAACCCACGCCCUUUGAGCAGCUGGCUAUUGACGAGUAUGCGCAACAAAUCCUCGAUCAUACGAACGAGUCCAUUGAGCAGGUUACCAUCGAGCCAAGCGGCCGGUGGGCUAUCCCAGGCGCCAAGAAGGAGGCGACCCCAGCCAACGAAGCGAGCUACGUAGACGACGACGAUAUCGUGGUUACCAAGUCAUCCGUAUGGGGCGCCGCGAGCUCUGCGCCUGGUGCCGCGCCGGCACCGCACCUAGCCACGCCGACAAGUGUCGCAUCCCGGGACACCUCGGCCGCGCCCCGAUCUUCGAACAAGCGUCCGGCCCCUGAGGUUAUCGACCUCACACUGUCGGACGAUGACGAACCGGCGCGGCCGGCGAAACGCCCCAAUUUGGGUCCUGGGAUCUCGGGCGCUAGACCUUCCUUUUAG